AUGGAGGAGAAGGUUUUCGCUGAGAAUGAGUUAGGGACAACUUUCUUCUACAUGCCAAGUGAAACGAAAUGGAAAAGUGGAAAUCAAGAUAUCCCGGUAGAUAAAAGGGGUUGGCAUGUGAUAGACAAGGUCAUGUACUGUUGUGUAUCUGGUGGGAGGAUAUUGUGGUGUGAAGCAAGUGAACUGGAGCGGCGCGAGACCCGGGUGGUAGAGUGGAAAGAUGUGAUGGGCUUGGAGGCUCUGAGAGACACUCUGGUAGUGGUCUGGCUACAGUGUGGGGUGCGAGGACACGAGAACUCGAACUCGAAAUCGACCAUGCACUUCCAGGGUACAAACUGA